AUGCAGAGCGCGCAGGUCUACUGCGUCGAGCGCGUCUUCGAGGACCUCAAGAAGCCGUUCGUCGCCAAGGACGUCGUGCGCCAGCUUAUACACCUGGAUACUGUCGUCGCCGAUGUCUUUGAGCGCAUCUCGCUGCGCGUCCAAGCCGAGAAGGAUCGCGUCAAAGCGAUCGACGCUAGAAUCGCGGCCUGCCAGGCCAAAGUCAACGCCGUCACAGAGCGUGGCACGACCAACAAGGCCACGACGGUCUUUUCAACGGCCAAAUACCCGGCGCCCAAGGUGCUGCCGGCGAUGAAGGGGCUGUACAGCGACAAGCCAUACGAAGAGACACCGCCGUUGACGGCCGAGCUCGAAGCGACGCACUUCCUGCCCUCCGAGCCGCCGACGGCCGGGCAGCGUGCGCAGCUCAUGGCCGAGGUCGUCGAUUUGUUUGAACGUGUCAACACCUUCAAGGCGACGCGCAAGGCCGAAGACAUUAUGAAGGAGGAAGGGCUCGGCUCGCUCCCAGGCCAAGUGCCCACCGUCGGCGGCGUCCUCCUCUUCAACUCGAGCGAGACGCCGUACCAAAACUAUGUGCUCGUGGACAACCUCUUUGGUACGGAAUUUGAAGGCGAAGAAGAGCAAAAGAAGCAACUCGCGGCCGCGCCCGACACGGUCAUCAACCGCGGCGCCGGCAUCGACUACAGCAACAUGCCGACCGACAUUUACCGCCCCAAGCCGGGCUCGAUGCCCGCCUUUUCCGAGAAGCUACCAACAGACUUGCCGCUCAAGGGCCUCGUCACGACCGACGUGCAAGUCGACACGUCGGGCAUCCAGUCGAUUGCGCCGUCGAUGCAAAACAUGAUUGAGCUCCCGACGCUGCCUGAAUUUGCCACCGGCCCGACCGCGAUCGAGCGGCAUGUGGAAGGUGCCACGGCCCUCGGGCCAUCGGACAUGACGCCGCCGCCGCCUCCGCCACCGCCGUCCCUCAAAUUCGAUGCACCGGAGCCAACCAUUGGCAGUUCGAUGCCACCACCGCCACCGCCCCCGACAGGCGACGAUGCCCCGCCGCCGCCGCCACCGAUGGACAUGCCGGCUUCGCCCGAUGCACCACCGCCACCUCCGGUCGAGCCCGAGCCGGCCAACCCCCGGGCAAGUCUUAUGGACGCGAUCCGUAGCGCAAGCCUCAACAAGCUCAAGAAGGCAGAUGCGACCGAGCGGCGCAGCGGCGCCCCCGAGCCACCCAAGGCGCCGACCACCGUACCACAAGAAGUGCUGGACCGUCUCACUCGGCUCAAAAAUGCAUGGAGCGGCAAAGGCGACAAGGAAGAAAACUCGCGGGACCGGGACCAAUUCAAAAAGGUCACGGUGCUCAAAGCGCAGGAAGUCCCGACGCCGCCGCAGCAGCAGCAACCGCCGCCGCCGCCCAUGGCCGACUACCCUGGCACCCGCAAGCUACCAACCGUUGCCAUGUCGGAAGACGGCAGUGACGACGAGCGGUUCGACGACAAGGCGUCCAAUUUCGGCGAUGACAAAGAUGACGCACUCGCGCGCAUCAAGGCGAUCCAAGAGAAGAACGCAACCAAGAAGGACGAGCCGGUCAAGCCCAAGCCCGUGGUGGAGCCCAUCAAGCAGCCCGACCCGCCCAAGUCGUCGGCUGCGACCAUGGACGCGAACAUUCGUGGCCUCCGCGACCGGCAAGACUCUCUCUCCAUGUCGGAAGCGUCCGACUGGUCGGACGAUUAG